CUGCUCGACCCGCGUGGACAGUGGCCGGUAUAUGACAACUAUUUUGACCACUUGGAUUAAAGAUACAACGUCGAGGGACGCGUCUCAUUUGAGAACUCCGAAGCAGGUCCGACAAUGGAUUUCGAUGCGAUCCUUGAAGACGUGGGUGAAUUCGGACGCUACCAGAAGCUGGUGAUCUACUUCAUCCUGCUGCCCGCGGUGAUCCCGUGCGGCUUCCACGCCUACGCGCAGCUCUUCAUGGCGGCAGAUGUCCAGCAUUGGUGCAGGGUGCCCGAGCUGGAGGCGCUUGAGGAUCCAGAGCUAGCUAGGAACAUUAGUAUACCACUGGAACUAAAGAACGAGCAGCUGGAGUACUCCUCUUGUACCAUGUACAAUCUGAACUACACCGACAUUGUGAGCAACUACCCGAAUAUAGAAGACAAUCAGGAUAAGCAGGUGGAGACCAUACCCUGCUCAGAUGGUUGGGUUUACGAAAUGAACACUUACAAAAAUACCGUUGUUAUCGAGUGGAACUUGGUAUGCAACAAGGAUUUUUACCCAACCCUCGGGCUGGUACUGCUCGCCGUCGGAGGCAUCAUAGGCAACUACAUCUUCGGCUACCUCCAAGACACGUUGGGAAGGAAGCCCUCCUUCUUCAUCUACCUGGCCAUUGAGUGUGUCUUCGGAGUGGCCACAGCGUUCGCUCAAAACUACUUGGUGUGGAUAAUCUAUAGAUUUGGCGUAGGAUUCACCGUUCCUGCUAUUAUGGCCACACCUUACGUUUUGGCGAUAGAACUAGUGGGUCCGAAAUGCCGAACUCUGUGUACCAUCCUGUCUAACAUUGCGUAUUCCCUGGGCCUCAUCCUGUUAGCUGGCCUGGUCUACUUGGUCAGAGACUGGCGACACCUGGCCUUGGCUAGUACUCUGCCUUUUGUCUGCUUCUUCCUCUACAUCUGGCCAAUGCCUGAAAGUCCACGUUGGUUGUUGGCGAGGGGACAGUUUGAGAAGGCUGAAGUUAUUUUGAAGAAUAUGGCCAGGAUCAAUGGCAAAUCCUUACCCGCAAACUACAUGGUGCACUUGCGACGCAAGUACGAAUCUGACAAGCUAAAACAAGAUCUAGAAAAGGAGAAGUCGCGAAAAUAUGGAAUAUUAGACCUCUUCAGAACACCCAAUUUACGGAAGAAAACCAUCAUCAUAACUUUUAUAUGGUUUACAAACACGAGCGUGUAUGUUGGACUAUCGUACUAUGCUCCAGUUUUGGGAGGGGAUGAGUUUCUGAACUUCUUUCUAGCUGGUAUCGUGGAGUUACCCACAUAUAUGUUCCUGUGGCCAUCUAUGGAACGGUUGGGCAGACGCUGGACUUUAUGCAUGAGUAUGGUGGUCGGUGGUGUUGCUUGUUUGACCACAUUUUUGGUACAACAUGAAACCAAUGUAACCUUAGCUCUAUACUGCGUGGGUAAGAUGGGCAUAUCGUCCGCGUUCGUCGUGUUACCAUUGAUGGCGUCGGAACUGUAUCCCACGGUUGUCAGGGGACUCGGCAUGAGUCUGAGCUCUGUGCUCGGCAUGCUUGGACCUAUUUUCAUCCCACUAGUAAACUAUCUGGGUUCUGACAUAAUGGUUCUACCCCUAAUCAUAAUGGGAGCAUUGCUGGUAGCCGGUGGCAUCGCGAGCUUGCUUCUCCCUGAAACCCUCAACCAACAUCUACCACAGACCCUAGAAGAUGGUGAGAGAAUGGGCCUCGAUACAGACUUCUGCUGCAGUCCACCAGUCAAAGAAACCAAAGUCGAGGAAGAAAAGAAACAAGCCAACUGUAAAGAUUGCAACGCGUUGUGUUCGUGCCAAAUGGUGAAUGUGACUUUAAAUGAGGAUGUGGCUGUUAUUGAUAAGAGUAAUGAAAAAAUUGAAUUUAUGGUAUUAAAAUAAAGGAUUGUACAAAACCUGCUAUAAAAUUAUUAUUAUUGCACCCU